AUGAUCUCCCGUCGAGCAAACGACAACUCGAGCCCAAAAUACGUCGACCCUUCUGUUCAACUUAACGCCGGGUUGUGGUCACUCUUUGCGGGCGCCACUAUAUUUCUCGCCCUUCGAGUAUGGAUUAAGGUCACUCGUGGACAUGGAUUGUGGUGGGAUGACCACAUUCUUCUUGUAACAUGGGUAAUCCUCGCCGCAAACAACAGCAUAAUAUCAGUCGAAUAUGCUACCGGCUACGUCACCGACACGUGGGACGAUCGCAUGCACAUCUUGAUCAACGUAACUUCUUGUGGUACCCUAGUAGGGCAGGCUCUUAGUAAAACCGCAUUUGCGGUGACAUUACUUAAAUUGACCAAAGGCUGGCAGAGAUGGAUUCUUUGGUACUGCAUUGCCAGCAUGAACCUUUACAUGGUCCUCAAGGUCUUCUUUCAGUGGGGGAAAGUUUGUGGAAAGUCUAGUUACGAUGUCUGGUACCGUCUGGACUUUUGUCUGCAUCCCAAGUUCAGAGACGAUUUCAAAGAGGGUGGCAAUGUAUACAACAUCAUCAUGGACUUCGUUCUUGCGACCUUCCCUUGGGUCAUUACUUGGAAGCUUGAUAUGCGAAGGGUCGAGAAGAUUGGACUCUGCGUGACCAUGAGCUUGGGCAUGAUCGUCGCUGUCAUAGCCGCCAUACGUACCGGUUGGAAGGAUGAGGGAAACCAGAAGGAUGCGUAUUACUUCUGGCGAAAUGCGCAUUCAAACAUCUGGUACUCUUCCGAAAUCGUCGGUACCAUCAUCGUCCAGUGCAUUCCCGUCAUGCGACCCAUGCUCCGAGACAUACACAUGUCAUUGACGUCAAGGAGACUGGCGUCGGCUGCAGACAACACCGCUCGACGGAGCAAGAUGCCCAUAGCCUUCACCGGCAACCAAAAUUCACAUAAAGCACACAUUUUCUCGGAUGCCAAGUCGAACACGUACAACGAUGGCAGGAACGACGGUGAUGUCGAUUCCUGGGACAGUCAGGGGAUAUAUCAGAAGGUCGACUUUGAGCUGACGACAAUGGAAAUCAAGCCCGACAAAGGGGCAAAGAAUACUUCUCUUGUGUAA